UUGCGCGUCGUGUUCCAGACCAAUUCAAGUUGUGUUGAAUGCAACACUGGAUAUUUCCUUCAUAAUAAAACAUGCAUUGAUUGCAGAGACAAUGAAAUGAACUGUUCAAAAUGUUCGACAACUGAUGAAAAAUGUACUGAAUGCACUGAUGGUUUUUUCCCACGAAAUGGUCGGUGUAUAUCAUGCAAUGAGAUUGGUUGCCAGACAACUUCGGAGUAUUGCAACUCUUCUUCUGGGUAUUGUACAGGGUGCCUCAACGGGUUUUAUCCACUGAUUGGCUUAUGCAAACCAUGCGACUUUAAUGAAGGUUGUGCUCUGUGUGAUGUAUAUAGUAAUAAGUGUGAGGUUUGCAAGUCCAAAUAUUUUAAGAAUUCGUCCGCACUUUGCCAACUAUGUUCAUCAAAUUUCUGUGAUGAAUGUGACAAACAAACGGGAGUCUGUCUGAGCUGUAUCGAAGGAUAUUAUUUGGAGUAUGGGAAGUGUUAUUGGUGUUAUAUUAAAGAGCAUUGUGUGGAGUGUUCACGUACGUCUAAUAUGUGCGUUGGUUGUGAGACUGGAUAUUAUCCUUAUUUAGGAAAAUGUGAGACGUGUUCAACCAAAUUCUGUUUAAAUUGUGACAAACAACGUGGAGUAUGUAGUGAGUGUUAUAAAGGGUAUUACCUAUCCAAUGGCGAGUGCAUUUCUUGUUCGACUAAAAUCGACAAUUGUUUUCAAUGUUCCAACAAUGAAACGUGUUUGGAAUGUCAACCUACAAAUUAUUAUUUGAAAGAUAACAAAUGUCUUCAGUGCUCCAAUAAGAACAACUGCUUUCUAUGUGACGCAAAAAGUGACAAUUGUUUAAUUUGUGAUUAUGGUUCAUUUCCCACAGCACUUGGGUGUACUUUGUGUACUGAAAAACAAUGUGAAAAAUGCUCUCAAUUCAAUGGAAACUGCACUUCUUGUCUAUCUGGGUAUUACCUCACAUCAACAAAUUCCUGUGAAAAAUGCGCAGACAAUUGCAUAACUUGUGAAGGGUUAUCUCAAUGCAAACAGUGUGUAAACUCGACAUUUUACUUGUCAGAUGGCAUUUGUGAGAAGUGCACAAAUAAAGCUGAGUGCAUUAAAUGCUCUUCACAGUCGAAUAUAUGUGAAGAAUGUAAAUCUGGCUUUUACCCAUCAGGUUUAGACUGUUUACCUUGUUCCACUAAAAUUUGUUACGACUGUCACCCCAUCAGUGGAAAAUGUUAUUCGCCAUAUUUAGGGUACUUUUUAAAAAAUGGUGAGUGUCUUAAAUGUAGUGAGUAUAUAGAGGGAUGCAGCUUGUGCGUUUCAGAAUUAUUUUGUACAGAAUGUUCAAGUGGUUAUUUCUUACAUGAGAACAAAUGUAGUCCAUGUGAAUUGAUUGAUCAUUGCAUUGAUUGUGAUAGAAAUGGGACGUAUUGUCUCACAUGCGAAGAAAACUACUUCCCUUCUCGUCGUACAUGUGAGUUGUGUUCAUCAAUUAAUUGUCAAAAGUGUGAUUCAUCCACUGGAGUAUGUAGUUUGUGUUACAGUGGGUAUACCCUUCGCAAUGGUUCAUGUGUUGAAUGUGCUGUAAGUCAUUGUAACAAAUGUGAUUCAGACUUGAAUGUAUGUGACGAAUGUAUGCCAAACUUCAUGCCGAAUAAGAACAGAGUGUGUGAGUAUUGUGAAAAUGGAAACACGAUGAAUUGUGCUCGAUUUCUUUGUUCACAAACAGCCACAUUUCGGUGUGAUGAAUGUAAGAGUGGAUACUACCUUUCUGAUAGCAUAUGUUUGCCUUGUUCACCGAACUGGUGUGAUGUGUGUGACGGGACCACUGGGAGAUGUGUGAGGUGUCAGACAAAUUACUAUAUAAGUGAUGGUAUGUGUUUGCCAUGCAAUGAAUCAAAUUCACUUCAUUGCCAAUGUAAUAUGUGCUCGCAAACAGAAGAUGAGUUUUGUUAUGAGUGUCAAGACGGCUUUUAUUUAUCGAAUGGUAAAUGUUUGCAAUGCUCAGAAACAACCAACAAUUGUUCCUAUAAGAGCUGUGAUAAAUUUACAGGAAUGUGCACCAAUUGUAACACGAAUUACUUUCUUUCUAAUGGAAAGUGCGUUUUGUGUGACUCCAAUAACCCAAUGAAUUGUGAAGAAAAUCACUGUACUUUGUACGCACAAUGUUCCUCUUGUAAAAACGGGUUUUACUUGAAAAGUGGUAAAUGUGAACAGUGCACUAAAACCAAUCCAGGCCAUUGUGCUCCACAAAAGUGCUACUCUAAUGCCGAAAACAAAUGUUAUGACUGUGACGACAAUUAUAUCCUUGGUGAUGACAAUAAGUGCUAUUUGUCAAGUGAAAUAUUACCAAAUUGUGAAAAAGGAAUUACAAGGACAAAGUGUAUACAGUGUUACAAAGGAUUUGUUUUGAAUCAAAACCAUUGCACCCAACUCAGCUGUGACUAUAAUGAGAAGAACACCAGUGAUACUGUUUGUGCAGGAAAUUGUAAGAGUGCUAUAUCAUCAACCAUUUCUUGCCAAAGUUAUGUUACUUGUCCAAAAAUCAAGUUAAGCCAGACAGACAGUUUGUGCUUGCUCUGUGAUAUCAACCAAAACCUGACAUCCAAUUUCCAAUGUGAAAAUUACACCAAAGAAAAUUGUGUUGUUUCGUACCAAGAUAACUGCUUGGAAACAACAAAAGGGUACUUUAUCUCAAGAAAUGGUGUCAAUAAAUGCACAAAUGCGAUUUGCGGAUUCGACACGAUGAACAGUAGAGAAGAGAGUUACGAGUGUUCGCAAAACCACGAACUGAGUUAUUCCAACACACUCACUUGUGUCACAAAACAAGCGCAUUGCGUCAAACUAACAACUGCGGUUAUAGGAACGAAGUCUUGUGAAGUCUGUCAACCACAACACGUUUUGCUUGAAGGCAAUUGUAAGACGUGUGGAGAAAAUUGUUUAACUUGUGAUGCAAAUGGGUGUCUCAAUUGCACGGGUGCAUUACUUCUGCGAAAACGUGUUUGUGUUGCACCACUUUCUGAGCGUUGUGAAAUUGUUGAUCCUAACACCAACCAAUGUGUUUCAUGUUCGUAUGGGUAUUUUCUUGAUCGUGAUGGUAUUUGUGUGGUUAAUAAUUUCAAAUGUGAAUACCAAACAAUAAGUGGAUGUAAGAAGUGUACAAGUUUAAUGGAAGAGCCUUAUUAUUGCCAAGUAAAAGAUCCAGAAUCCACUACAGAAACUUCAGGGGACAUAAACUUGCCGAGUUCAACAAGUGAUUUUCCAAAGGAGUACAACAGUUAUAAAGAGACGUGUUAUAUAACAAAGAGCACUGGAUGUGAAAGAUGUAAAAAUGGGUUCUAUCUUGAUGGAAUAUAUUGUGUAAAAUGUCCACAAAAGUGUCUUUCGUGUUAUUCCCCAUAUGGUUGUACUGCGUGUGCACAAGGGAAUUACUUGCAAAAUGGUGAGUGUGUAACCACCGAAGAUUUUGAAAUAAAAUGCUUAAUAUCAUUACCUCUCAAAAUUGGGUGUUCUGUUUGCAACAAAAAGUACUUUCGUGUGGGUAUUUCUUGUCUUCCGUGUCCUUCUCAUUGCAACGAGUGUAAAUCAAACAAAACAUGUGAAAUCUGUGAAAACGAACAUUUUCAGAGUGAGACAAGUCGUGAGUGUCGGCCAUAUUCAGAACUCACAAACUGUGUAACAAAAACACCAGAGGGUUGCACAUUUUGUUCUCCUGGAUUUUUUCUUCAAUUUUCUGAGUGCCAGAAAUGCACUGAAAAUUGUCUUAGUUGCACAGAUUCCUCGAAUUAUAGUUGUACUUUAUGUGAAGAAAAUUAUGUAAAAAACACGGCAAGUUACAAGUUUUCAUGUAUCAAAUACUCAACAAUUGAACAUUGUAAAGGCUCUUUCCACUCAGUAUGUAUCGGUUGUUAUGGGUUUUAUAAAGUAAUGGGAGAUGGACUUUCUUGUGAAAGACGUUCAAUUUGGACAAUCAUUUUGGGUGUUAUUCUCAUUACGUUUUUUGUUAUUGUUGUUGUGAUUAUUAUCAUGUUUUUUGUAGUGGUGCACAUCUACAAUGAGCGACGAAUAACAAAAUUCAACGCUGGAAAGAUCGUCUUUAAAGUGUCGCAUUCCAACUGUUUGCUCAAUGUAAAAAUAGGUGGGUCCUUAUCGAGUAAGAACAAACUCACAUUUAAUUCCGUGAUGCUCCCAGUGAACAAAGAGAGUGACGACGUCUUUGUUCUGGGCAACUUGAGUUGCAAAAGCCUUCAAAUACAACUUACUGUCAAACAAGAGAAAGAGCCGCAGAAGUGUAAUAUUCUCGUUGACCCACAAAUAGUCGUCUUAAAGAAAGGAUUUGCCUGUGAGUUUAAAGUGAAUGUCAUUCCCAUGUGUACUUGUAAAUUACACGAUAAAAUUCUUGUCACAACAUUCGACAUUGAAAAGUCGCAAGUUAAAGAAGGACAAAUCUUGUUUGACGCAGAAACAGAGUGGUCCACUAAACUCGACUUUGAUGAAAUCAUUGAAGAACGGAUAGUUGGUCGUGGCUCUUUUGGUGUAGUCUAUCAAGGUCUCUACCGUUCGCAAAAGGUGGCGAUAAAGAAAUUGAAAGCCAUUCACAGUGUAGAUGAUAAUCUCGCCGAGUUUAAAAAGGAGGUUUCAAUGCUUGAAAAACUAAACAACGAAUUUAUCAUUAACUUCUAUGGCGCAGUCUUUAUACCGGGAAGAGUGUGUAUUGUCACAGAAUUUGCUAAUCAUGGCAGUUUGUUCGAUUUGUUGAAACAAGAUGAAAGAGACUUUACUCGGAAAAUGCGUGGGAAAAUACUGUAUGACGCAGCACGGGGUUUGGAGUAUUUACACCGUAACGACGUCUUGCACAGAGAUGUCAAACCAGACAAUAUCUUAGUGGUGUCUCUCAACCCAGUGGAUGAUGUCAAUGGAAAAUUGACGGACUUUGGCAGCUCGCGAAAUGUGAAGAACUUAUGUGAAAACUUGUCACUGACAAAGUGCGUUGGUACCCCAAAAUUCAUGGCGCCAGAAAUUUUGCAACGAACGGUUUAUCAAAAGCCAGCAGAUGUGUACGCGUUUGGAAUUUCUGUUUUGGAGGUCUUUCAGCGAAAAGACCCAUUUCCCGUCGAGCAGUUUGAGUACCCAUGGGAUAUCGCAGAGUUCAUCUGCUCAGGUAAAAGACCCGACAUAUUUGACGAGAAUGAGAAUGUGAGAAACGUUAUAGAAGGGUGUUGGAAACAGAGUCCAACAGAAAGACUGAGUAUUUCAGAUGUUUGUAUAAAAUUACAAUUGUUAAUUUAA